AUGGUAAAAGAGCAAAUUAAAGUUGUUGUUUGUGGUGAUAAUGGGGUGGGUAAAACUAGUCUAAUAGCAUGUCUGGUGAAAGACCAGUAUAUUCCAAAUCUGCAGGAUUGUUUACCAGCAGUCACGGUUCCUCGAGAUUUUUCAUCCAGUCCGUAUUGUCCCAAAACCACUCUUCUGGUAGACACGACUGGCUUUGAGCUGCCGUCUUUACAUCGAGAAUUGAAAACUGCAGAUGUAAUAUGGCUGGUCUAUUCAGACCACGAAAGCUACGACCGCGUUGCACUUUAUUGGAUGAUGAUGUUCCGCUCUCUCGGCGUAAAUCUGCCCGUUAUACUGUGCAGAAACAAGUGUGACAAUGUAUUGGGAAAAAGCCAGACCGUUAGUGCAAAUGAGUUCCGCGCUGAGGACCAGGCUUCGGAUAGCACCAGAAUCGAAGAUGAAGAAUUCAUACCAAUACUAAGAGAGUUCAAGGAAAUUGAAACUUGCAUCAAGACUAGUGCUAAAGAUAAAAUUAACAUCAACCAAGCAUUUUAUCUCUGUCAAAGAGCGAUAACUCAUCCUAUAGCACCUCUUUUCGACGCUCGCGUGGGAGAGUUAAAGCCACUCACUGUAUUGGCUCUCAAACGCAUUUUUUUACUCUCCGACAAAGAUCAAGAUGGAUAUCUCAACGAUGAAGAAAUUUCAGUGUUGCAACGACGCUCUUUUGGCAAAAGCAUUGAUAUACAUGAAUUGGAAUUUAUAAAGGAAGCUUUGACCAACCUUUCCACUCCACCUCAAGAGUACGCUAGCUAUACACUCUACGUCUCAGGAAAAGGUAUGACAAAAGACGGAUUUCUUGUUUUGAACAAGCUCUAUUCCGAGAAAGGACGACAUGAGACAACCUGGGGUAUUCUUCGUGCUUUUCAUUACACAGAUUCGCUUUCCAUCAGUGACAAAGUUCUUUAUCCCAAAAUGGACAUUCCUAGCACAGCGAGUGUAGAACUGAGUCCUAUGGGUUAUCGUUUCCUGGUAGAGCUUUUCUUGACGUACGAUAAGGACAACGACGGCGGGUUAAAUGACCAGGAACUUGAAUUUCUUUUCAAGACAACCCCAGGUCUUCCAACACUUUGGACAGAAACAAACUUUCCCUAUUCCACAGUCGUAAACAAUCAGGGUUGCGUAACGCUUCAGGGAUGGCUUGCUCAAUGGACAAUGACUACUUUUUUGGACUACAGGACCACUACAGAAUACCUAGUAUACCUGGGCAUUGAAAAGGAUGCUCGAUUGGCUCUGCAAGUGACUAAAUCUAGAAAGAAGCGAAGGCGAAACGGAAGAUUUUACAGAGCGCCCGUGACUGAUCGCAAAGUGUUCAAUGGUUUUGUUAUUGGAAAACCACAUAGCGGAAAGAGCUCUCUGCUAGAGUCAUUUGUCGGAAUGUCCUUUUCUGAGCCUUAUACUCCUACCAUCAGACCCCGAAUUGGAGUUAACAGUUUGGAGUUGAAAGGAAGCAAACAGUACUACCUCAUUCUGCAAGAGUUCGGAGAGCAAGAACCUGCAAUAUUGGAGAACGUUGAAAAAACGAAGAAAUGUGACGUUUUGUGUCUCACUUACGAUUCGAGUGAUCCAGAGUCUUUCUCCUACUUAUUCGAUCUCAUCAAUGAGCAUAAACACCUAUUAGAACUUCCGAUGGUGUUCGUGGCUCUAAAGGCUGAUCUUGAUAAACAGCAGCAAAGGUGCUAUUUACAACCGGAUGACUUUGCCGAUCAACUUUUCGUUGAUCACCCACUGCAUGUAUCAUCGGCUUGGUCCAGUUCUUUGAAUGAGCUAUUCAUCAAACUUACGGAGGCGGGCCUCGAGCCCGGAAAGAACACCCCAGGGCUGGCCCCAGACGUGCUCAGAGAAGAUGUGGAUUACUGGAAGUACGCUCUGGUUGCUACUUCUGCUGUUGGUUUUACGUCUCUUUUUACCUUCGCAUUCUUCAAAUUGAUACGAAGUCUACGUAACGAAUCUUGA